UAGAGUGUACGUAUAAACAUACAAUGGCAAUCAUUCAGGGAUUUAUUAUAAUUUUCCUCUUGCAAUUUGGAGGAGAGCCUGUGACGUCAGCCUCAUGUGACUUUACUGGACAGUGCAUUUAUAAUUUGAAAGUCCAUCAUUGUAACCAAACAACAAACACCAGACGGGAAAGCGAUCCGAGUGGUAGUUGUGGCUGUGGAGAUUUGGAAAUCAUACAAGGAGAGACCUACAAUUUACAAAGUUCCUUGAGUACCCUAGAAUUCCAAUUCAGUGCACUUGUACAGAGGUAUCAAGCAACUAAAGCAAGUAUUUUACAGAAACAACAACUACUUGAGAACGCUAUUUCUGAAAAUAAAGCAUUAGAAUCGAAAAUCCGAAAUGUCCAUUAUCUUCUGAAUAAAACGACUGAAAGUGUGACCAGACAAACAAAUAACUGGAACAAUGAGAAAACCAGGCUUCAGACACAGACUUCGAAGUCUAUUAAAGAUGUACAGACAUGUAAAGCGGUACUAACUGCAGCCAAAACUGACAAUGGCCAAAAUAUAACAGAUACGGCAAGCAACAAACCCGUUUCGAAGACAUUCUGUGGAUUUGAGGACAGUAAAAGGUGUGGAUAUGUAGCAGAGUCAGGAUCUCACUGGACAUGGCAAUCUUCAAUGUAUUCCUCAACAACGGGACCAAAACAAGACCACACAUAUGGCACUCCAAAUGGUCAUUACAUGAUGUUGAAUUCACAAGGUGCUGCGUCAUCCUCUCAGACAACUCAUACCUCUAGAUUAGAUUCUCCUCAGUUUACCACCUCCUCGGCGGGAUACUGUAUCAAAUUCUGGUACAAUAUGCACGGACAAGAUAUCAAAUUUCUUAAAGUUUACGCAAAGGUUAAUGGUGGACUUGGAUAUCCUGUGUUUACCAAGACAGGUUAUGUAGAUUCGGAUUGGCACCAAGCACAGAUAUCAUUGGAUAAUGAAUAUACGUCACAUCCGUUCCAGAUAGUUUUUGAGUCAUCGACCAAUGCUUAUUACACAAACCAUUAUACCAGUGGGGGUUACCACCAUAUCUACUCUCUCGACAAAUCUAACACUGCCAUAGAUGAUGUUACAGUGUUUAACACGUCCUGUAGUCGCUUAUCUCAGUCAUCUCAUGGGUCCCAUGUACGUCAGAAUGGCUCAGAUACAUCGUAUUACUCCUUCCAUGCCAAACCAUUGACUUGGAACGAAGCUAAGACGGCAUGUCGUCGAGAAGACAGUCAAUCUAGUUUGGUGUCUAUAAACAGUCAAGGAGAACAGGACUAUCUUGUAAGAACUAUAAAAAACGAUGAAGAUUUAUCAAAUAUUGCAAGCCUAGGAUUUUACACAGGCGGAAAUGAUGAAAAGAGUGAACAUAACUUUGUGUGGACAGACAAUGGAGCUCCAGUCACCUACAGCAAUUGGCGUCCGGGUCAACCAAACAAUGUCGGUGGCGAUCAGGAUUGUUUAUUACUACAGUACCCUGACACCAACUUUGAAUGGGGAGAUGUGGCAUGUUCUGAAAAACAUCCAUAUAUUUGUGAAUACCACAACUAAUUAAACCGUUGGAUCACACAUUAAAUUAUUUUCAAAUUUA